AUGGCUUUUGCCCCCACGUCUCAUCCAUAUCCUCCCACAAACCUUCAAGUUAUCCUUUUUCUGUGGGUAAGCAUACUUUGGCUCCCAAGUAUGAAAGCUACUACAUCUGCAUUAGGAAAUGAGACUGAUUAUAUGGCAUUGCUCAAGUUUAAGGAAUCAAUAACCAAUGAUCCAUAUAAAGUCUUGAGCUCUUGGAAUGGUUCAAAUCACUUCUGCAACUGCUUCCAUGGAGAAAUCCCACCACAAUUAGGUCGUUUAUUCAGGCUGCAAAAACUCCCUCUCACAGAUAAUACAUUGAGAGGACAAAUUCCCUUCAACCUGACAAACUGCUAUGAGCUCAGGCACUUGAAUUUGUCAAGCAAUAAUCUUACUGGUAAAAUGCCACUCGAGCUUGGCUCUCUCAGGAAGCUUGAAAAGCUGUACUUAUAUGAAAACAAAUUAACUGGAGAAAUCCCAGCUUCCGUUUGGAAUCUUUCCUCCCUUGAGUAUCUUUCAAUGGCUUAUAACAACUUGGAGGGAAGCAUACCAGAAGAAAUAGGGCAUUUGACCAGCUUGAGGGUUUUCGCAGUAGUGGAGAACAAAUUUGCUGGUAUGCUUCCUUCUUCACUUUACAACAUGUCAUCCCUCUCAUUCAUAUCUGCAGCAAAAAACCAGCUGACUCGAGCUCGACUUCCAGACAACAUGUUCACCACCCUCCCUGAUUUGAAAUAUUUUGCCAUAGCUGACAAUCAAAUAUCAGGAAACAAUGUUACUGGUUCUAUACCCUUGCAACUUUUUACUCUUUCCUCCUUGUCCAUGUCGCUGAUCUUUUCCCACAACUCCUUAAAUGGACCUCUUCCUAUUGAGGCUGGAAGACUUAAAAAUCUUGGCACUUUUGAUAUCUCCGAAAAUCAUCUUUCUGAUGAAGUACCGACAGAUGGGGUUUUCAAGAAUGCAAGUGCCAUAUCUGUUGCGGGUAAUUCUAAGUUUUGUGGGGGUAUUUCUGAGCUGAAUUUAUCACCAUGCCCCAUGAAAAUUAGGACAAACAAUAAGCAUCAUCAUUUGAAGCUCUUAAUAAUUUUUGUUUGUGUUUCUAUUUGUCUGGUCUUAUCAUCUAUAUUUGCAAUCUACUGGUGGAGGAAACGAAACAGGACAUCGUCUUCAACUUCACCAACAAUUAACCAGCUUCCCAAGAUGUCAUACCAGAGCCUACACUCCGCAACGGAAGGGUUCUCUGCCAACAACUUAAUUGGAUAUGGAAGUUCGGGGUUUGUGUAUAGAGGAAAGCUGCAAUCAGAGGACAAAGUUGUUGCUAUAAAAGUCCUAAACCUUCAAAAGAGGGGAGCUAACAAGAGUUUCAUUGCUGAAUGUAAUGCACUUGAAAAUAUUAGGCAUCGAAAUUUGGUGAAGAUUUUAACAUGUUGCUGCAGCAUUGAUCAUAAAGGACAAGAAUUUAAGGCACUUAUCUUUGAGUACAUGUCAAAUGGAAGCUUGGAAAAUUGGUUGCAUCCUAGUACAGAAAGCAUAAAUCAGCCCAGAGCUUGGAAUUUCGCCCAAAGAUUAAAUAUUUCAAAUGAUGUUGCUUGUGCACUACAUUAUCUUCACUAUGAAUGUGAACAGACUAUAGUCCAUUGUGAUUUAAAGCGAAGCAAUAUUCCUCUUGAUGAUGAAACAAUUGCUCAUUUAAGUGACUUUGGGUUAGCAAGAGUUCUUUCAAUCCUUAAUGGGAGCUCUCAAAAGCAAACCAGCACAUCUGUCUUGAAGGGGACUAUUGGCUAUGCUCCUCCUGAUAUGAUUCAUUGUUCUGAGGUAUCAACACAGGGUGAUGUUUAUUCCUUUGGGAUUUUAGUUUUGGAAAUGCUUACUGGCAAAAGACCCACUGAAGAAAUGUUCAAAGAUGGUCACAAUCUCCAUAACUAUGUGAGAACUGCAUACCCAGACAACCUCUUGGACAUUGCGGACUCAGAUCUUCUACCGAUACAAAUGAUGCAGAAUGUAAGAGGAAGAUCUUCUACCGAUACAAAUGACGCAGAAUGUAAGAGGAAGAUCAGAGGAAAUCCAUAUGGAGAACCAUGCCCUGAUGCACUCUAA